CAGAUUUGUGAUCACAUCCCUUUUGCGAUUAUUUACAUUAGUGACCAAAGAAAACUCACUUUGUUAUUGUGAAUAAUAAUUGAAGUGUUACGCGACUGAUUAAUAUGCGGAUAAUGUUUUGUACAAUUGAUUAAAAGUGUAAACAGUGUAACUAAUUAGUGAAAAUGCGAAUAUAUUUACUAAUUGCCACGUUGUUAUUAACGAAACAAGCUCCAGUGAGCUGUGUCCGUCUCCUAGAGCUGCAGGUGCCGGCCCAAGCGGCGGAGGGCGGCGAGGCUAUACUGGGAUGUCAGUUUGAUAUGGAAAGAGACAUCCUCUACUCCGUCAAGUGGUACAAGGACGGAAGGGAAUUCUACAGAUACGUGCACGACAGUCAACGCCCCAUCAACCACUUCGCCACUCCGGGAGUCAUGGUUGAUGUGAGACGAUCGUCCAGUACGGUGGUAACACUAGUGCACCUGACACGGGAAUCAGCCGGCCUGUACCGGUGCGAGGUGUCCGGGGAGGCGCCGCUCUUCGCCACCGUCCACGAGGAGAAAUAUAUUACAAUAUAUUUAUUACCUGAAACAAAGCCCAUAUUAACGGGUUUAAAAGAGAAAUACGACGUCGGUGAUCGAAUAAGAGCAAAUUGCACAUCAUCGGGUUCUCGACCAGAAGCUCAAUUAAAAUGGCUCAUUAACAACAAAUUAGUUGGCAAAAACUAUAUACGAGGACCCUGGUAUCGGGCAACUAUGCGAGAUGACGUCACAGAAACUAUAUUAGAACUGAAGUUUACAGUGGGAUCGCACCAUUUUAAUUUUGAUACAAUGGAACUUAAAUGUCAAGCAACAAUAGCACCAUUGUAUCAACAAGAGACUGUGUAUCAAGUCUUACGAAAAGAUAUUCCGCCGUUGGAUUCCUUCACGGAUAUGCCGGAGCUGGGUGAACAGCCGCUACCGACUUUUCCACAUUUUGGCGACACUAGUAAACUGCCAUUAGAAAAUGAAACAGAUGCUGCUGGGACUGGACUGCAUUUAGACAAAUUGCUUGUUUUAUUUAUCUUAUUGCUAAUUAACUUGUAAUAUUUAUUGAGACAGCAAUGCUACUGCCGAUUGCAUUUUACGAUGGAUCCAAUUUAUCUAGGCUAAUACGUUUUCCU